AUGGGCAAACAGCGACGCAUCUGUCCACUCCAAUACUCAAGUAAUCGAAGAAAUCUUCUUCCUAAGCGUCUAAAGUUCCUCCAUUUGUAUCUCGAAAUCAAGGAACCCCUAUAUCCUCGAGAUUAUCUGCUCGUCACCCAGACAGUCGACUAUCAGGUUCCGCUUGGUAUAUCACCAAUCUCUUUACACGUACUAUGUGGUGUUCUAUCUGUGAGCGGAACAAUAUGUCAUGCCUUGCUUGCUGCGGAACCAAAACUUGCAAAGCAUUGCUCUCCACUAAAAGAUACGUCGAAUAUUACAUCGUCACAAAUAAGGAGGGAAGCACAACAAAAAAUUGCACCAAUUGAACAUUACAUUGUAACUUCUAAGGGAGAAGAAGUUACAAGUGUUCCUGAUGGAAAGAUGAAAGAUGUGGUUAUUCAGAUUCGAUUGUUUGGCUUUAGAGCAAUAGUCGUGGUCGCGGAGAACUGUGGAAAGGACACUUGUCGGAUGAUCCUUAGUUGUGAACAUCGCGCGGUUAAGAUUUCUUUUGCACAGAGAAAUCCUGAUGAUGUUUUGGGGGGAAGCUACAAGGCCAUUGAGACUGUCGUCUUCCCCAAAAAUGAACAAGUCGAGGCAGAAACUUUGAUGGACUUGAUUUGUUAG